UCCGUUAAAUAUAUUCGAAUUACUUGUUCUGAGUUAAAGGUGUUUUAAAUAAACUUACGCACAUAUUUAUAUUUAAGAUGAAUCUUUUAAAGGCGAUUUACAAAGUUUAUUUUGGUGACAAACAGAAAAUCCAUCUUACAAAUAAUGCAGUUCAAUUCUAUUGGACUAGAGAGUAUAUUCUGUCUUUACCCAGAAUUCAUUCAGCUUUCAAACAUUUUGGUGAAAUAAAAAAUAUAACAAUUCUUCGAGUGAAAAAUUAUCCAUUGUAUUAUCGUUAUGUUAUUGUUGAAUUUAUAACGUCUCAAGAAGCUCAUGCCGCUUUAUUAAAACGGCAAAUCACAAUUAGACAUCAUAAUAUUAUUGUUAAACCAUGUGAAGAAUCCAAUUUUGUUCUACAUGAAAAAUUCUGUUCAACUGGAGCUGAUCAAACGGCUAAGAUUGAAGAUAUAUUAUUGCAGCCACCAGAUAAAGAAUCGCCGAAGAAUAUUCUCAACGCUUUGAAUGAUGAUUGUUUAUAUGAAGUUUUCAAAAGAAUGCAUCCUUCGAAUUAUGUCUUAAUCGGAAAUGUCUGUGUUCGGUUCGAUCGAAUUUUAAAGGAAAUGAUAGGAAGAAAGUAUAAAAACAAAAUGUUUCAUAUUACGGAUAUACAAUUAUUUACAUUAUUCCAAGCAGAUGAUUAUUUACGAUAUUUUGGUUCUUCGAUUUAUCAAGCUGAAGUCAAUUUCGAUAAAGUGAAACGGUCAACUGUAAUAAAAAUUUAUAUGAUUCUUAUAAUGAUCAGUGAGCAUUGCGUUAAUCUUCGCUAUUUUCGUAGCAUCAAUUUUCCAAUGGACGAACAAUUCGUGAAUGAAAUAAUUCCAUUAUUUACGCGAAUAGAAAAACUAAGCAUCAAAAGAACUCAAAAAAUUCGUAAGUAUCAUAGUGGUUUUUUUCGACCUUCAGUCUUUAUUCCUGCAAUCAACUGUCCAAAAUUGGUAGCAUUUGAAUGGGAUGAUAUGUGGUUCGUGUAUCAUGAAGAUAUUCCUGCUCUCAUAAAUUUUUUAUAUCACAAUACACAAUUGAGGAGUUUUCUGUAUUUUAGUGAUAAUCUUGGGAAAUGUAAUGACGAUGAAAAAUAUUAUCUACCGACGAAUAUUUCCAUUUUAAGUCAGUUCAAAUGUCUCAAAUUCUUAUCAGUAGUCAAUGGGAAAAAAAUCCAUUUUGGUAAACAUUCAAAUGAAGAACUAAUAAAAAUAAAGCCGUUAAUGCAAGAAUUAAAAACAAAAAAUAUGCCGAUAGAAUAUUUGAAAUUGUUCAAUACAGUAGUCGAUGACACCGCCAUCGAGUACAUUUCUCAAAUAAGAACUAUCAAGAAAUUCGCAUUUUUAGACUAUAAUUAUUACAAACGCCGUUGUCCUACCCGUGAUGUUAUUGAGUCAUAUAUAUUUCGUCUUGAGAGCAGUCUCCCAAAUCUUGAAGUUUUGCAAUUCCAAACUAGCGAUUCCAUUGAUAUAAUCUUCACAGAUGAACAUAUUCAUAUAAUAGAAAAAAAUUUACGAAAAGAAAUACCACGAUUAAAAUUAGAUAUACACAAAUUGAACGACACUGCAAAUACAUUCACCGAUAAAUAUAACCUAACUACAAUUACAAAUACGUACAGAACCGAGUACAGAACUAGGUACAGAAUAAAAAGCUUUUGGGAUGUUCGCGAUUUCAGACUAAUGAUUAGAGAGUAUUCUACUUCUGAUUUGAACGUGCAACGUUACUGGAUCACAUUAUCUAGCGAAGAUGAAGGUAUAUCUAAAAGGCGGCAUAUUUCAGAUUUUCCAUUAUUUGAAUUCCCAUUUGAACCGUUUUAAAUGAUUUAAGAUAAUGAUAAAAUUUAAAUUAUUCAUUCAGAUAUCUUGAACUUAUUUCCCACUAUAUUUUGUUUAUACAUGUGAAAUAAAUACAAGCAGCUUUGAUCUAUCACUAAUAUUGUUAUUUUGGUUGUAAAAAUUACACGGUAUGCUUUUAAUGAAA